AUGGAAGCCUCCCGUGGCCCUCCCAGGGUCAAAAACAAGGCCCCUGCGCCUAUCCAGAUCUCCGCUGAACAGCUGCUCCGAGAAGCCGUCGACCGACAAGAAGAGGGCCUUCAAGCGCCAACCCAGCGAUUCGCGGAUCUCGAAGAACUGCACGAGUACCAGGGGCGUAAGCGUAAGGAAUUCGAAGACUAUGUCCGGCGCAAUCGAAUCAAUAUGAACAACUGGAUGCGCUAUGCCGCAUGGGAGCUUGAGCAGAAGGAGUUCCGGCGCGCGCGGUCGAUCUUUGAGCGCGCGCUGGACGUCGAUCCGACCUCAGUCGUGCUGUGGAUUCGGUAUAUCGAGGCGGAGAUGAAAACUCGCAACAUUAACCAUGCCCGCAACUUGCUCGACCGCGCCGUUACUAUCUUGCCCCGGGUGGACAAGCUCUGGUACAAGUAUGUCUACAUGGAGGAGACCCUCGGCAAUAUUCCUGGCACUCGUCAGGUAUUCGAGCGGUGGAUGUCGUGGGAGCCGGAGGAGGGUGCGUGGGGCGCAUACAUCAAGCUCGAGAAGAGGUAUGGCGAAUUUGAGAGGGCGCGGUCGAUUUUCCAGCGCUUUACGAUUGUUCAUCCGGAGCCGAGGAACUGGAUCAAAUGGGCUCGAUUUGAGGAGGAGUUCGGCACGAGUGACUUGGUGCGUGAAGUUUAUGGGCUUGCCAUUGAGACUCUCGGGGAGCAUUUCAUGGAUGAGAAGCUCUUCAUAGCGUACGCCAAGUUCGAGGCGAAGCUGAAGGAGUAUGAGCGCGCCCGUGCCAUUUACAAAUAUGCGCUGGACCGGAUGCCCGAGCCAACUUACACCACAUUUGAGAAGCAGUUUGGCGAUCGAGAGGGCGUGGAAGAUGUGAUCCUCUCCAAGCGCCGGGUGCAAUAUGAAGAGCAGCUCAAAGAGAACCCGAAGAACUACGAUAUCUGGUUUGACUUUGCUCGGUUGGAAGAGACGGCGGGUGAUCCUGAGCGCCGACACUGGCGCCGAUACAUCUACCUGUGGAUCUUCUAUGCCGUCUGGGAAGAGAUGGAGGCCAAGGAUAUGGAGCGUGCCCGACAGAUUUACCAAGAAUGUGUGAAGCUGAUCCCCCAUAAGAAGUUUACCUUCGCCAAAGUAUGGUUGAUGAAGGCGCAAUUCGAGAUCCGCCAGAUGGAACUACAAACUGCUCGCAAAACGCUCGGCAUGGCCAUUGGAAUGUGCCCGAAGGACAAGAUUUUCCGCGGGUACAUUGACCUCGAGCGCCAGUUGUUCGAAUUCGUACGGUGCCGUACUCUUUACGAAAAGCAGAUCGAAUGGAACCCGUCCAACAGCCAAUCAUGGAUCAAGUAUGCAGAGCUUGAGCGUGGCUUGGAUGACUUGGACCGGGCACGUGCACUCUACGAACUGGGUAUCGAUCAACCGACGCUUGACAUGCCAGAGAUUGUGUGGAAGUCAUACAUUGAAUUCGAGGAAGAGGAAGGGGAGUAUGAUCGAGUGCGAGCUCUGUAUGAGCGUCUGCUUCAGAAGACCGACCACGUGAAGGUCUGGAUCAACUAUGCCCGAUUCGAGAUCAACGUUCCCGAAGAGGAAGACGAGGAGGAGGAUGAAGAGGAGGAGCGACCCGUUAGCGAGGAAGCCAAACGGCGUGCGCGGGCCGUUUUCGAACGGGCCCACAAGGUCUUCAAAGAUAAGGAACUCAAGGAAGAGGUUGGUGACGAGACGCACCCCGUCCUCCGGACUUUGCUAAUCUUUCAUUUUCAGCGGGUCGAGCUGCUCAACGCUUGGCGUUCGUUCGAAAACCACCACGGUUCCCCCGAGGACAUUGACAAAAUCGAGAAGCAGAUGCCGCGCCGGGUCAAGAAGCGUCGCAAGUUGGAGGACGACCGGUACGAGGAAUACAUGGACUAUGUUUUCCCGGCAGACGACAAAUCCGCAGCCAAUCUGUCCCGGCUGCUUCAAAAGGCGCACCAGUGGAAACAGGGCCAGGCGUAG